GCCUAUCAGUGUGCAUCAGUGCCGCCUAUCAGUGCCAUAUAUGAGUGCUGCCUUUCAGUGCCCAUCAGUGAUGCCUGUCAAUGCCCAUCAAUACCACCUACCAGUGCCUCCUUAUCAGUUGCCACCUGUCAGUGCACAUCAAUGCCACAUAUCAGUGCCUACCAGUGCACAACAAUGCCACAUAUCAGUGCCUACCAGUGCACAUCAAUGCCACAUAUCAGUGCCCAUCUGAGCUGCCAUUCAGUUCCACCUAUCGUUGCUGCCUCAGUGCCGCCUAUCAGUGCCCAUCAGUGAUGCCUGUCAAUACCCAUCAGUGCUGCCUAUCAGUUCCCAUCAUU